GGCUCAGGGGGUCUGAGGUGGAAGAGGAGGUCCUGCAGAUGAAUGCGGUGAUUCUUCAGGUACAUAAAGCCUCCUCAGUUCCGGACCGGAGCCUCGAACCGGAGCCUCGCAUCAUGAGUGACGUCCGUUUGUCAUCAACCUCCAUCUCCAAGGUGACGGGACACGGUUCCUGCGGCAGCCAACCCCCGGCCUUCGUCCAGCCUCCACGGAACAUCAGAGUGCGACUGGGAGGAGAUGCCCGAUUGGACGGGAAGGUCCAUGGGUUUCCUGAACCUCAGGUCACAUGGUACAAGGAUGGCCGGCCCGUGAUUGGUGGAGAGCGCUGUGUUGUGGCACAGGGUGGCCGGGGCACCUUCAGCCUGGUGGUGGGCGGAGUCAGAGCGGAGGACCUGGGCUGCUACACCUGUCAGGCCACCAAUCAGGCAGGGAGUCGGCAGGUUACUGUGGAAAUCCUCCUGGAAGAGAACUCUGGGAAGAAAUAUGGCCUCCUGUCGUCACUGAAACCUGGACUUGGCUCUGUGGAGACCCGCCCCAGUAUUUGGGGCGAGAGUCCGCCUAAGUUCAUCACUAAGCCCAGUCGAGUGUUCACGAAGCUGGGAAGGACCGCCAAGUUCACCGCCAAAACCACAGGACGCCCACCGCCAACAGUCACAUGGCUCAGGGGGGAGGCGGAGCUUCAGGCCGGUGGGCGGGUCAGUAUGUACGAGCGCAGUGGUCUUCACUUUCUGGAGAUAAAGGAUGCUUGUUUGGAUGAUGUGGGUGGCUACACCUGUUUGAUGACCAAUGGCGCCGGGUCAGCAACUGCCAGCACUGAGCUCAGCAUCCAGGGUUGGUCUGACAUCCCGUCCAGGACACAGGACGUCAAACCCACCUCCAGCCCCAGAGGACACCAGGACCACAACCAGGACCAGGACCAGCCUUCACAGGCGACCACCUGCAGGAGCAGACCUUCAGUCCAUCUCCCUCCAUUGGCUGAGAAGAGAACUGCAGUCUCUGAGUCGGUCCGGUCCACAGUGAGUCCUCCUGGAUCAGUCCAGACUGGGUCAGACUGCAGAACUGUCCAGAGGCUGCCGGCAGAAUCCAACCUGCGGUUUGAGGCUGUUCCUCUGGACCAGGAGGCGACAGAAGGAGCCCAGGUGACGUUCACCUGCCAAGUGUCAUCUGGGGCCGUUGCUGUGGUAACCUGGCUGAAGGACAGCGUCCCGGUUCAGACCAGACCGGGUCUCCAGCAGAGACGGGACGGACCCAGACUGACCCUGACCAUGGAGAGGGUGAGGGAGUUGGACCGAGGGGAGUACCGGUGUCAGCUGACCACGGCUGCCGGAGGGGGCGGAGCCACCGUUGACUCGGCAACAUGGACGCUCACAGUCAACAACAGGGUCCAGGGUCGGAGGUCAGAGGUCGGAGGUCGUCGUGCAGCUCCGCGGUUCAUCCUCGGUCUGACCAACCUGAAGGUGAUGGACGGCAGCAGAGUCGCCAUGACGACAGAGCUGACAGGGGACCCUCGUCCGGAGGUACUGUGGUUCCAUGACGGCCAGGAGGUGUCGGAGUCGGAGGACUUCCAGCUGAUUCGGGAAGAGAACCGCUGCACUCUACUGAUCCAGGAGGUUUUCCCAGAGGACAAUGGGACGUACAGCUGCCAGGCCUGGAACAAGUACGGAGAGGACCGGACUGAAGCCCAGCUCACUGUGGAUGAGCCUCCGGACGGCGUCCAGCCCUGGUUCAUCACUAAACCCAAAGCUCUGUGUGCGUCCGUGGGUCAACACGUCCUCCUGUCCUGCGCUGUGGCUGGAGACCCGUUCCCUCAGUUCACCUGGACCAGGUGUGGCCGGGGCCGACCUUUGACCUCUGGGGGAGACUUCGAGCUGCUACAGAAGGAGGACGUGGUGUCUCUGCUGAUCAGGAGAGUCCAGAAGCGUCAUGCAGGAGAAUAUCUGAUCAGCCUUAGGAACCCGGUUGGUCAGUGCAGCGCCGUGGCCCGUCUGUCAGUGACCGAUGGAGAUCUGGACCCAACCACAGAACCAGGACCAGAACCAGGCUCAGAACCAGGCCCAGCAGAUGACCGCAGCUCUGUGUCCGGACGAGGAGGAGGAGGAGGAAGAGGAGGAGCAGGAGGAGGCGUUCAGCACAGAAGCAGCAGCGGCUCCGUCAGUCGGCAGUGGCAGGAGGCCAAGCAGGAGCAGCAGGAGCGACCGGGAGGAAGCCCUGACACCGGCCCCAACGACCAAGGCCAAGACCGUCCCAACACCGCUCCGCGAGGCCUCCUCCGACGCUCUGUGGAAACCAGGGAGCGCGGCGAAGAGGAGCUGCGACAGAGGGAGGCGCAGCAGCUUGACUUCCGCUCGCUGCUGGGACGCCGAGCUGCCAGAAGCACCGACAACCGCAAACCGGGACCCGAGGAGGAGGCCGCGGACCCCAAGAUGGACUUUAAGGCCAACCUCAAAGGCGUCAAGCCCAAAACCGACGAUGAGCGCAAGGUGAACUCGACACAGCAGGUCGACUUCAGGGCCGUCCUGGGAAAGAAGGGCAGCGCCGCCGCCACCGCCACUGGAAACAGUAACAAACCUGCAGACGCCUCCAACAAGAACGCCAGCGACUUCCGCUCUGUCCUGGCCAACAAGAAGAAACCAGCUGAGAAGAACAGCGAGAAGAACAGUGAGAAGAACGGCGAGAAGGUGGCAGUGAAUAACUGUGUGGAUGGAGGGAUUAAUGAGAAGAAGAGUGGUGGCGGAGGAGGAGGAGGUGGUAAAGCGCCCGAGUUCUCAGAGAAGCUGAGCGACGUCACGGUGCUGGAUGGACAGCGUCUCCGGCUGCAGUGCCACCUCUCCAACACCCCUGACCCCGCCAACGUCACUGUCACCUGGACGCUGGAUGGGAAAGUCAUCAAAUCAUCCAAGUUCAUCGUCCUCGCCAAAGAAGGAGGCCUCUGUUCUCUGACCAUAGACAAAGCUCUUCCAGAGGAUGAAGGCCAGUACAAAUGUGCAGCUGAGAGUCCGUCAGGUCGAGCCGAGUGUUCCUGUAUGGUCCUGGUCGACGAUCCUGCUGAAAACUGUCCAUCAGACAAGAAGAAGAAGUCGACUCCGACCUCAGAGAGUGAAGCUCGAAUAAAGAAGCCGACGCCGAAGACACCUCCAAAACAAGCUCUGCCUCCUCAGAUCCUCUCCUUCCCUGAGGACAUGAAGAUCCUGGCUGGAGAGAAGGUUGAGAUCCUCUGCAAGUUCUCUGGAGCUCCGCCCAUCACCUGCACCUGGCUCAAGUUCAGGAAACCAAUCCAGGAAGGUACGGCCGACAUCUCCAUUGACUCCUCCGACAGCAGCAGUAAACUGACCAUCGUCAGCGGUCAGCAGGAGCACUGUGGAUGCUACACCGUGGAACUGAGGAACACAUACGGCCUUCGCCAGGCCGCGCUCAACCUCACCAUAGUUGAUAAACCUGAUCCUCCUGCUAAGGUCCCGGCGGCGUCGGACAUCCGUCGGUCGAGUUUGACCCUGUCAUGGUACGGACCUACAUAUGAUGGAGGCAGCGCCGUCCAGUCCUACAACCUGGAGAUCUGGGAUUCUGUGGACCAGGUCUGGAAACACCUGGUGUCCUGCAACAGCACCUCCUACAAUGUACAGAACCUUCUUCCAGAGCGUCAGUAUAAGUUUCGUGUCCGAGCACAAAAUAUCUAUGGAGUCGGAGAACCCAGUGCAGAGUCAGAGUCAGUGACUAUGGGCCUGGUGGACGAUGAGAACCAGGAGGAGGCGGAGCCAGAGGAGGACGACGAUGAAGAUAAGGAACCGGAUUAUCGAGACGUGACGAUCAGAACAGACAUGAAGGUGAAGGAGCUGUACGACGUGGAGGAACGUCUGGGAACGGGGAAGUUUGGUCAGGUCUUCAAACUGGUGGAAAAGGCCACAAAGAAGGUGUGGGCGGGAAAGUUCAUCAAGGCGUACUCGGCCAAGGAGAAGGAGAACGUCCGGCAGGAGAUUGGCAUCAUGAACAGCCUCCACCAUCCCAAACUGGUCCAGUGCAUCGACGCCUUCGAGGGAAAGUCUGACAUCGUCAUGGUUCUGGAGAUGAUUUCGGGUGGCGAGCUGUUUGAACGCAUCAUCGACGAGGAUUUCGAGUUGACGGAGAGAGAAGUCAUUAAGUACAUGUUACAGAUCAUCGACGGCGUGGCCUUCAUCCACAAACAGGGCAUCGUCCACCUGGACCUCAAACCAGAAAACAUCAUGUGUGUCAACAAGACGGGCAGCAAAAUCAAACUGAUCGACUUCGGACUUGCCAGGAGACUAGAAAAUGCUGGGACACUGAAGGUUUUGUUUGGGACGCCAGAGUUCGUGGCUCCUGAGGUGAUAAACUACGAGGCCAUCAGUUACCCAACCGACAUGUGGAGCAUUGGCGUCAUCUGUUACAUCCUACUCAGCGGUCUGUCUCCAUUCAUGGGCGACAACGACAACGAGACUCUGUCCAACGUGACCUCGGCGACCUGGGACUUCGAGGACGAGGCCUUCGAUGAGAUCUCGGACAACGCCAAGGACUUCAUCACCAAACUGCUGAAGAAGGACAUGAAGGCCCGUCUGUCCUGCGCUCAGUGUUUCGAACACCCGUGGCUCAAACAGGACACAAACACCAUGAAGGCCAAGAAACUGUCCAAGGAGAGGAUGAAGAAGUACAUCCUGAGGAGGAAGUGGCAGAAAACGGGUCAUGCUGUAAGAGCCAUCGGCCGACUGUCGUCUAUGGCCAUGAUGGCUGGAGUCAGCGCCAAGAAGGGGUCACCCACCGAAGAGGAUAACCAGUUCCUGGAAUGUUUGGAGUAUGAGCAGAGGGCGGAGUCUAAACCCACCUUUAGCAGCGUCAUCCAGGAUGUGGAGGUGGUGGAGGGAAGCGCCGCCCGCUUCGACUGCAAGAUAGAAGGUUACCCUGACCCGGAGGUGGUCUGGUACAAAGACGACCAGCCCAUCAAGGAGACCCGACACUUCCAGAUUGACUACGACGAAGACGGGAACUGUAGCCUGGUCAUUUCAGAGGUGUCGGGAGAUGACGACGCCAAAUACACAGUGAAGGCGGUGAACAGCCUGGGGGAGGCGACCUGCACCGCCGAGCUGCUGGUGGAGGUGAUGGAGGGGGAGGGGGAGGAGGAGGAGGAGGAGGAAGAGGAGGAGUAAGGCUGUGGACUCUGGACUCUACAGGAAGAGGAGGCGCCUCUGAAGUAACUGAAAACACCACCUUCAUAAAUAUGCAUUUGUUCUUUAAAAUAAUCCAAAAACACUUGACCAGGUAAACAGAAGCCCCACCCCUUUGUGCUCCUCAUUUCCUGUCUCAGACCUAAUCUCCACAACCUUUCAGUCGGUCAGUUGAUUGUUGUUAACCUCCAACCGCGGCUGAUUUUUAGAUGCUGCUUUAAUGAUGAUAAUCCUCUGAGUAAACCACAUCAAUUCAAUCAGAAUUAUAUCAAACAACUGGUGAAAAACUGAAAGGGGAGCAGUUUUUCCGUGUUCAGCUGUUGGUUCUCCAUCAUUAACCAGCUUUGUUCAAUCAAAUCAUGUAUUUUACACAUUGGUUCAAUUUCCAAACAAACUUUAGACUGAACCAUGUAAGCAAACAUCACCAUAAAAAAAACUGGGACGAGGAGCUCGAGGAGAUCAUGCUAAUGCUAAAACUAAAGCUAACAGCGUGGAUCUGAGAACUUGUGACCGAGGCCACUUCCUGUGUGAGUCCAGGUGUGAGAGGAGACGUCAGAGCCUUGGAUUCAGAGAUAAUUCCCCUGCAAAAAUCAGUCAAACAGUUAAAACAUUAGCAUCGCAGCUAAACAGCACUGGCAGGACGACACAAUGAAAUAAGUUUUAUCAGCUCAGCAUCGUCUGUAUUCUACUGAUCAUCUGCUGACGUCCUGACAGGAGGAGGCUUUAGUGUCUGUUAUUAACUGUGGAUCCAUAACUUCAACAUAACGACAAUAGUUUCAGACAUGAAGAGUCUUGAUUAUGUAGCAAGAAACAAAAAAAAUCAGUGAUCACAAACUAUUUACAUUAACAGUCUGUGCUCAAGCUAACAUGAGCUAACUUGUCCCGAUGCUAACGUGACCUAAUUCAUCCUGAUGCUAACGUGAGCUAAUUUGUCCCGAUGCUAAUGUGAGCUAACUUUCGAAGGCUCUGAUGGUCAAUGCUAAUCGUCUUUUUUGUCUGUAGCCUCUCUGUUCUGUUUUUUUUUUUUUUUUUUCUGAAAAAUGUUAAAUUGGUCGUCUUUACUUCUGUUUGAGCACUUUUCUUUCUGUUGUGCUUUUUUUCUUUUGUUUUUUCAGCUAACACCUCUGCCUUAUGUUGUUAGCCUUAAAUCAACACAGAGAUGCUUUUAACGGUCUGUUUCAGCUGCGUUUGACAAUCUGCUUUAUAAAUACUAUAAAAUGUUAAUAUAUCAUUAAUGUCAACGCUUUGAAAGCUGACAAGGGAUAGUUUCUUAAUAUUUAUUCAUGACUCACUUUCAUUAAUAUGGAGGCAUAUUGGAGACCGACAGUAGAUUUGAGGUUUUUGAAAUUGUGUUGAAAUCUUAAAAUUUGCAUCUAAAUGAAAUAAUAAUUAGGAGAUCUUUCCUUACACAUUUUCAACUUAACAUUUAGUUGAAAAUAAUAAAGAUUAUCCACCCAUGAUGAAAUUCCCCCAAUAAUUUGCUCAACGCAAUCUUGUAAUUUUGGGAUAAUUUAAAAAAUACAAUAUUUUGGAUAGUAAGAUAA